GGCUUCCGGCGUAACAUUGUAAGCGGUCCGGCCGUGCCCCACUUCCGUUCUGUUUUAGCACAUUCCGGCCCACUAGGACAGACAGGAGGGAGCGAGCCGGAGCGGAUAGAGAGAGGCACCGAGGCAAGAUGGCGUCUUCUGCGCGGUGGAAUCACGUGUGGGUUGGAUCCGAGACUGGCAUCCUCAAAGGGGUGAACCUGCGGCGGAGACAGGCCACCAAUUACGUGGCGGCCUCGGCGCUGCGCCGGGAUGAGGGCGUCUGCGCCAUGUGCUGGGGGGACCCCUCCGAGUCCGAGAUCCUCGUCGGCUGCCUGGAUCGGUCAGUGAAGUUGUUCAGCACCGAGAAAGGAAAGUUCACAGAGUCGCGGCAGUGUCUGGGCGGGGAGGGCUCGUUCUGUGGCCUGGCCGUGCACGACAGUUCCAUCAUCACCUGUGUGGAGUCUGGUCUCCUCAAGGUCUGGCGGGAUGCCUCAUCCGAAAACAUGGAAACCCAGGUGGGAGCUGGCGUGUGCCGUAUGCGCCAGAACCCUGCCCAGCCGCAGUGUGUGGGGACAGGUGGGAAGGAGAACGCUCUGAAGGUCUGGGACUUGCACCGGCUUGAGGAACCCAUCUUCCAUGCCAAAAAUGUGCGGAAUGACUGGCUCAAUCUCCGGGUGCCUGUGUGGGAGCGUGACCUGCAGUUCCUACCUGGCUCUGAGAAGAUUGUCACCUGCACUGGGCACCACCAAGUGCGGCUGUACGACCCCAGCUCCCCACAGCGGCGCCCUGUGCUGGAGGCGACCUAUGGGGAGUAUCCCCUCACAGCCCUCUCCCUCACCCCUGGUGCUGACUCUGUGGUGGUAGGCAGCUCACACGGGGACGUGGCUGUCAUCGACCUGCGGCAAGGACGGCUGGUGAAAUGCCUGAAGGGCUUUGCUGGGAGUGUGCGCAGCGUCCAGUGUCACCCAACCCUCCCACUCGUGGCUUCCUGUGGCCUUGACCGCUUUCUGCGGGUACAUAAUAUCGAGGACAAGCGCCUGGUACACAAGGUGUAUCUGAAGUCCCGGCUGAACUGCCUGCUGCUGACCAGCCGUGAGAAGUGGGAGGAUGAAGAGCCUGAACCUACAGCCCCUCAAGCAGACGUGAAGGAGGAGGAAGAUGAGCUGUGGGAUGGCAUGGAGACGGUGGCUAGUAGAACAGUGCUCAAGCGCACCGUGGACCCCAAUGUCCGGGAGACGCAGCUAGGCAAGCGUCCCAAGAAGCAGAAGAGAACGAGCGCUGGGCCGUGAGGGGGGCGAGUGGGGAGCCUGUGCCCCAGCCAGAAAGGAUAAUGAACUCACUCCUCACCCCGGCCAUAGGGACUCCUGCCUGGACAAGGGGAGGGAGGGGAAGCCUCAUGUCUCUGCUGGCCAGAGGCACCAGACUCUCCCCUGCUGCUGAAAGGGGCUGGGGUGGAGGAGGGGCUUAAAUGUGCCAGCCCUAGCUGGGGUGGGCAGGGCCCUAACCUCUCAGAGAAUGCUCCCCCCCCACCUUUGGACAAACGUACAUGCACGGGUGGGUUGAGCUGGGGGCAGCCACAGCCCACGGGGUGAGGGAUCAGCCCCUGGACCCCCAAGCUGUAACAGCUGUCACACAGCAGUGUAAAAAGAACCUGUAACCAUGCCUUGUCCUGGAAGUGUGUGUGUCUGUGUGGGGGGAGUGAAGUGCGGUGGAGCACUGGCAGGAGCCCUCUGCUUUGCUCUUUCCUAGAUGGUCCAGUGCCUGGGGGGGGAAGGCUGCUCCCAGGGUGGGUAUUGGGGGAGGGGCCUCUGUACAUGACUCCCCCCCGUCACAUCAGCUCUCCAUCCACGUGCAGCUGGUCUGUGCUGUAGCCAUUGGCUAUCCCCUCUCUGCCCUGCCCCCAGCCAUGGAGUCUCCUACACGGCGCCUCCGCCCUCGGGGGCCUGUCUCACCUGGGGUGGGCAGGACACGUGGGAGACGCAGCUGCGAGCUGCUGCCGUGGAGGAGCCGGAGGCGGGGCUGCUGGGAGGGGUCCAUGGGAGCAGGCCCGAGCCGGGCGGGGUGCUGCGUGCAGCGGGUCCCCAGGAAUCGGGGCCGUGCCCUCGCCUGGAGACUGCGCCGGGGAGGCGCCGCUGGGCGCUGACCUCACAAAGCGCCCGGGGACUGCGCGGCGUCCGGAGCCGAGGGCUCCAGGUGGCGGCGGCGCACCCAUGGGCUGCAUGCACUCCGGCCGCAGGGCCCGCGCCGCGGAGCCGGACGGAGCAGAGGGGCCCAGUGGCACUGCAGACAACAAGCUCAGGCCUAAGUGCAAGCAGCAGCUGCGGAUCGUGGACCCAACCCCUGAGGUGCAUUCAACUGAGAGCCUCAACAUCCGGGUCAUCUGGAGACGUGUCUCCAUCUUUGGUAGCCGGCGUGAUUCCAUAAGGAGCACCAAGAGCACGACGUCUGCCACCACUCUGCCUGGGGCCAGCGAUUCUGGCCCGGAGAGCAGCCCCAAGGAGGCCGAAGCCACUGGGGAAAAGCCUCCAGCCUAAAGGGCUGCCCUGCUGCUAACAGAGAGGGGGAAUAAACAUAACUUUCACAGCU